GGCUGCAGGGUCAGUUUACAGACAGACGACAGACAGACAGACAGACAGACAAGCCAUCCCGCAGGACAGACAGUUGUCUGGUUGGGUAAAAAUCUGUUGUGCAUGAUGUCAGAACAGUGUGUGAAGCUGCUGGAAGAUGCCAGGAAAUAUAACAGAAGAAAUGCAAAGCCUGAGGACAGAGAUUAUCAUUCAGAUGUAGACAACGUGGAACAGCGGCAGAGAUUUGAGAAGAUGGUGGGCGACCCUCUGCAGGUUGUAGAUCCGGAGCAAAAGGAGCUGUCAGGCAGGAGGAAACCAGCAUUAGUCAGAUCAAAGACCUUCGACCACUCUCUGCUGACUCAGGUCCAAACAGAAUUAGAUCCAAAGAUCGAGAGGAAGAAGUCUCACUACAGCCAGCUUUCGAAAAGCAACUGCCAGUACCAUAAAAUAUUUAAGGAGAUCAGCAAAGAGGAACAGCUGAGACAGAGUUACACAUGUGCUCUGCAGAAAGACAUCCUCUACCAGGGACGGAUGUUUGUCUCAGACCAUUGGAUCUGCUUUCACUCCAAGGUGUUUGGCAAAGACACAAAGAUCGCCAUCCCGGUGAUGUCUGUCAUUUGCUUCAAGAAGACCAAAACUGCCAUCCUGCUGCCAAACGCGCUGGUGAUCGGCACUGCUAACGACAGGUACGUCUUUGUGUCCUUCCUGUCCAGAGACAACACCUACAAGUUCUUGAUGUCCAUUUGUUAUCAUCUGGAGGAGAAGAGUCCAUGCAGCAGCCCCGUCCCCUGCUCAGCUGAGAACAGCUUCAGAGGUCAGAGGUCACCUCGGUCGCCUCGCUUCCCUCUGAGUUUUCCAGGUGAAUUCUAUGAUCUGGACGUAGCGGUGAAACAGAGGAGGCAGGAAAUGGAAGAGAGCAGCAGCUCGGACUCUCAGACCCCCGACUACGACAAGACAGCAGGGUUCCCUGUUCCUCCAUUCCUGGAUGUUUUGAAGCGCACAGACAGUGCAUCUCCACCUGAACAUCCAGACCAUCAGCACAAAGUGAAGAGCCAGCAUCAGAACAAGCCGACCUCGGACAACACGCAGAAUUUCCCACACCACGCUGGCCCAGAGCUGGUGAUUGACAGCAGAACUCUGAAACCAGUUUUGCUCAACACACUGCUGUUGUUCUACUUGUUACUAGUGUUUGUCCUAGUCUUGUCUUCCUGUUACCUGGCCUUUAAGGUCGUCUCAUUGGAGCAGAGACUGACUACGCUCAGCUCCAUCUCCGACUUCCCCCACCAAGAAAAGGAAUUUUUGGGGGCGAGUGACGUGAACAUGGAGCUUUUUUCAGAACUACUGUCCAUUAACCUGAUGAAGCUGGAGAAGGUGCAGAAGAACCUGCAGAGAUUGCUGGAUGAAGCUGCCUGAAUGUUCUGAAAACCUGUAGACUGCCUGUGCUGUAUACAGUUCUAUAAAUACACUGUACAUAUGUACAGUAGUUUAUUAGACAUUAUAAACUGACCAAAACCAAUAUGUAUUUAUGCAAUAACACAAAAAGGCUUGAAAAUGAUGAUGAUGAUGAUGAACCAUCUUUAAAUACUGUUAGAGAGUUCAAUUUCCUCUCUUUUGGAAAGUGUGUUUAGCUGGUAACCACACCCAGCAGUGAUGAGCAUGUUGCUUUGUUGGAGAAGAUUUUAAACAGGUGAUUUAGACCACAGAAGAAGAAGAAGAAGAAGAAGAAGAAGAAGAAGAAGAAGAAGAAGAAGAAGAAGAAGAAGAAGAAGAAGAAGAAGAAGACACACUUUAUUAAUCCCUUACAGGGAAAUUGCUUUCUCUACUCUGUUGUGUUGACACACAUUAAACACACAGAGGAUAUACAUGCACAAACACAGAGGAAAUACAUGCACACACAACCACAUGCAGAGGAGAGGUGGCAGAGCAGAGAGGCAGCCAGGUACCCGGCGCCAAGGGAGCAGAUAGAGGUUAGGUGCCUUGCUCAAGGGCACCUCGGCAGUGGCCUAGGAGGAGAACUGGCACCUCUCCAGCUACUAGCUCACUCCAUACACACGUUUACAAUGUUCACUAAGGUACUAAAUCAUGUAAAAAGUAUGGUCAUUUUUUCAUAGACUUCUAUACAAUUGGACUUCUUUUUGCAUCCUGUGGACAGGCCACCACGUUCCCAUUUGAAAGAUGCAGGUAUAAGUCACUUCAGCAUUCGCUUUACUUUUUUAGAUUCAGGGAUUGCCAGACUAGAUAUUUUUCUUGUUGGUUCAAUUAUAAACUAAAAAAAAAGGCAAGUCAAUAGUAAGAUCAGAUAUUGUCUCAGUACAUGUGACUGUGAAUCAAUGAAGAACAGAACAUAAACGAUGCUGAAAUGUACCUUGUUGUUCCAAAAAAGGCUCUUGUGGUGGAGCAUGUGAGCUGGUUAAAAUGUAAACAUGUUAAAGUUCUCCACUGUGAGCACCACAGUCCAUAAUUACCUUUUUUAAAUACAUUUCCCCUGAGAUGUUUGGUUGUGCGUUGUGUUUCCAUUCUGCAACACUUCUGACACGCUUUGCAAAACAACAAUUUCAAAGGUUGUCCAGCAGCAAAAUCUUUUUUGUCAAGGAAUCUUUGGAUGACAUAUAGCUUCAGUCAUUUGGUGGGGUAUUUACUGAUGUAUUUAAUGUGGCACAAUACAAAGUGAAAUUCUAAUGAGCUUCCAUAAACCAAAGACAUAAUUCCAGGCUUUUUAACACAAACAUUUUCCCAAAACGUUCGAAAAACAUUGGCUUUCAGACAAGGGAACCAGAAGUAGUAAAAUUCUGGUUCACCUUCAGGUUUUAGGACUCAAUACUGCACCACUAUUGUUAUUGUUUUGUUUACCACUGACAGUGAAUGAUAAAUAAAUUAACUGUAAGUGUGCAUCAACUGAAAACUUGAAAUGCAACCGUGACAUACGUGCAUAAAAAACAAUCAUAUAUUUUGAUGUCUCUAGCUAAGUUCCACACAACCGACUGUUACACAUAUGACUGUGAUGCUGUACUGUAAAUAUAGAAAGGAUACACAGAUUUAAUGGUGUGAUUUAUUUUCUUGUGGUGAAUAAAGCUUGAUAUGUUCUUUAA